AUGGCUGUCCCAGGCUCUUUUCCUUCCCCAAACCCCCUGAACAAAUCCCACAACAACCCCUAUUUUUCUCGUCGUCGUCGUCGCCGACGAAAUAGUACCAGUCCGGUGACCUGGGGAGUGAUUCAGGGCCGCAAGGAGCGGCUUGUCUCCCGCGUCAUCAUCUCCGACUACCUCAAGUCCAUCGGCGUCGUCCCCGACGAGCUCGAGACCCUCGAGCUCCCCUCCUCCGUCGAGGUCAUGCGCGAGCGCGUCGACUUCCUCCAACGCCUCGGCCUCUCCGUCGACGACUUCAACUCCUACCCCCUCUUGCUCGCCUGCAGCGUCCGCAAGAACAUGAUCCCCGUCCUCUCCUACCUCGAGAAGCUCGGCAUCCCCCGCCCCCGCCUCGCCGACUUCCUCCGCUGCCCCCAGGUCCUCCACGCCAGCGUCAUCGUCGAGCUCGCCCCUGUCGUCAAGUUCCUCCGCGGCCUCGACGUCGAGCGCUCCGACAUCCCCUUCGUCCUCCAGCGCUACCCCGACCUCCUUUUCAAGCCCGAGGGCACCAUGAGCACCUCCGUCGCCUAUCUCGUAAGUGUCGGCGUCGCCCCCGACAUCGGCCCCAUGGUCACCCAGUUCCCCUUCUUCCUCGGCAUGCGCGUUGGAACCGCCAUCAAGCCCCUCCUCGACUUCCUCCUCUCCCUCGGCCUCCCCAGGCAAAUCCUUGCCCGCAUGCUCGAGAAGCGCCCCUACCUCGGCUACGACCUCCACGAGACCGUAAAGCCCAACGUCGACGCCCUCCUCGCCUUCGGAGUCCGCCGGGAGGCCCUCCCCUCGGUGAUCGCGCAGCACCCCCAGAUUCUUGGUCUGCCGCUCAAGGCGAAGCUCUCGGCUCAGCAGUACUUCCUCAACCUCAAGCUCGGGAUCGACCCCGACGGCUUCGCCCGGGCCCUCGAGAGGAUGCCCCAGAUCGUCAGCCUCAGCCAGAGUGUCAUCCUGAAGCCCGUGGAGUUCCUCCGCGGCCGGGGAUCCCCGGAGGACGUGGCGAGGAUGGUCGUCAGGUGCCCCCAGCUGCUCGUGCUCCGGGUCGAGCUCAUGAAGAACGCCUAUUACUUCUUUAAGAGCGAGAUGAAGCGGCCCUUGCAGGAGCUGUUGGAGUUCCCCGAGUACUUCACAUAUAGUUUGGAAUCGAGGAUCAAACCAAGGUACCAAAGGAUAGCGAGCAGGGGGAUCAGGUGCACUCUAGACUGGUUCUUGAAUUGCAGUGACCAGAGAUUCGAAGAGAGAAUGCGAGGGGAUUACAUCGAACCAGAGAGCCCUUCUUUUGUCAUGGGUGGGAAGUUGGAUAUGCCGGGGAGGGAGUUGGUAUCCGAGAAAGAGGAGGAUGAGAGUGAUGAUGAAAUGCUCUACAGGCGGACUGUUUCACUUUAGUAAAUCAGUUGGAAUACCUUGUAACUUUAAAGCAUCAUCUUCACAGAUUGGUAGUCAACCUAACAUCGGCCUGCCAUCCUUUUCAUCCAGGCUUUGUCGACUAACACCAGCUAUGGUAUUUGCGCCCGUAAGCCCGCUGGUUUCUACGAUGCUUGGCAUGAUCUGAUUGGUUAUAAUACUAGUUGGUUGCACUUUGUGCUGCAUCAUACACAAAGAGCUCCCAAGAACUAGUGCAAUGUAGACAUAGAUCAGCAUUGCAGUAUUCUCAUAAGGUUGUUCAUCUUGUGAUGCAGGAGCCGCUGAAACCAUCCAGUAAUUGCUACCAAUCUGGAGGAUUUGAAAAAGAAUUUGGGCCAGCAAUAUUAGUGGCACAAGAGCUCCUUUGUAUGCUAUAGUAAUGUAUCUCCAGUAGACCCAAAACCCAACUUUGCCUUUCUCACUCUCUUCUUCCUGAACUAGUUGUACCUUUUGACUACCUACGUCUGGUUACCAUUCUGUCCAAUCUUUUCUGCUGUACUCUAUGAGGAGCCUGUGUGCUGCUUUCUUUGUCAAAGAACCACCUUCCAUGGCGCUGCCGAAGCAUUCUAAAGAGCACCAACCAAUUCCAUAAACUCAGUUCCUGAGUUUAGUAUAUCACUGUAUUUGGCCCCUUGUGUAAUUUCUCCAUAUUUCAUAACGUACAAAAAAACAGAAAAACUUUUGUCUAGCAGACUGCUGCAGUGCAAUGCAGAGAUAAUGUGUUAUCAAAGCAUGAGGAGAAAACAAAAAUAGUAUCACUCACCAGGAUAAGAUCAGCAGAAGGUGGAAAUUCCACCUGAUGUGUGACAUAAACAGUUGUUUUGGAAGCUAAAAACCCAAGCAAAACUCCUGCAAUAUAAAGGUUAAUUACUUGCUUA